AUAUAAUAUUAUAUACCUUCACCUACCUAACCCUUAAAAUUCGCAGGGUCUAGCUUCAAACCCGGGGUUUCAAAUGAAAACCCGGGGUUUUGGAUUUUCAGCCUCACCAGCCCACAGCACAGAUGUGUCAUUUUUGAGCUCAAGCGCGUGGAGAUCACGCGUAUUGCUAUAUCUAAUGUAGCAGUUUGGCCCUCCCAUUUGCAUGUGUCACCACCGCUCUUCUCGUUUUUGCAUCCAACGGCUUCGACACCCUGACCAAUGUCAGCGCUGAAACUUCUCAAUGCAUUUCCCGCAGGUGCACUUCAUGGUGCUGGAGUUCUGGCCAACACCAAGGCGUCGUACGCCCCAUCUACCUCCUUGAUUGCCUUUUCCAAGGUGAAGCAAGCUGGGAAGUUGAACUACAUGAUCGGAAAGGAUUUGAAAGAAUGUUUGGACUGCUUGCGUAGCAUCCGAGAAGAUCGACGGCUGACCGCGCGCUGUCAUCUUCAUGCCCUCGACCAGGGCUGUGCAAAGAACUACGAGGGUGCAAGUCCUGCGCCGGCUAUGCAGGCUUGGGGUUGUGAUCCUUCAUAUCGAAUCUCACACUCCGGUGAUGAGAAGGAUCAAGUACGCAAACUCCUGAAGCCAGAUGGACAGGUUCCGCCCCUUCUGGAGCUUUCGAAGGCCUAUCCUAGACGUGCUGCUUUGACAUCAUUUUCUGAAGCAGGACAAUGUCAUGCAGAAUGAGACUGGGUAGCUGAGAUUUUCACUUCCGCCCUUGUACCGGGAGCCCGGACUGAUGCUUCAUCUCGUGGAAAAAGCCAUUGCUUUUGCAGGAGGAAAUGUGCAAAUAAUUGUUGUUUCAUAUAUAGCCCUUUUCCUGACAAGUAUA